AUGCCCAAAAGCGCGAAAAAACGGAAGGACAAGGCUGCAGAUUUCGCAAAAGCAAAGCUCAAGCUCGGCAAAGGAAAACAACAGCCCUCGAAUGCAAUUGAUACUUCGUUUAAAGCAAGAUCAAUUGCACUUCCUUCUCAGUCGAUUGCCAAGCAUCUAAACACCGAAGUACCGACAACUAAACGGCGCUUGUCUUUUGAAGAUCUUAUUCUUCACUUAAAGCACUACAGUGCCUCGACUCGUAAAGAUGCGCUUGCCGGUCUUCGUGAGCUAUUAGAUGCUCAUCCACAUAUUCUUCAUGGCUCUCUUCCAACCUUAAUUGCCGCAACAGCACGGGUUAUUGGCGAUGAGGAUGCAGGAGUCCGCAAAUCUCUUCUAGAGUUUUACACCUGGUUAUUUCCUCGUGUGCCAGCGGACGACCUGAUGCCCCAUACGCCGACCCUGCUCCUUUUCACCACUUCUGCCCAAACACACAUUUUCCCAGAAAUCCGAGUGGAUGCCAUUCGAUUUUUGGACAUAUACCUAGAGCACAUGCCGAGUGCGAUUGUCGCUGGGUGGGAUCGCGAAGGGACCACUGGACAUCAGGUUUUACAGGGGUAUCUCGGUUUGUUAAACGCUGGAACUUCUUUCGGAGAUGUCGAAGGUCCGAUGAGAGCAACGUCCAUUGCGAGCGUUGUUCUGACGGCUGCUUCCAAACUUGUGGUGUUACAGUCUCUGUCAACUCUUCUCCGCCACUCCACAUCUAACUCAACAACUGGCGUGUCCUCGACCCUGGACACGUGGUACUUGAGACCUUGGUUCACGACUGAUGUUGCCUAUACGACAUUCGACGACCUCUUACGCCCUCGGUUAACUACACCAACAGAGCCUUCAAUAAGGAGCUGGCGACCAGAAGCGGACUUCGAGGAGGAGGACGAUGUGGGAGUUCACACACUGGUCCAACCCAUCGGCAGUAUCUGGAGCCUUGAAGAGCUUUCUCAUAUCCCAGAGAAGUCUGAGGAAAUUGAUACAGAGGGAAGCUCGAUAUUUCUCGCGCAUUUAGUCCGAACACUACAUUCAACGCUCGUUUCGACAUUCCUUGAUUGCGCUCCGGCCGUCUUCUCUCCAAACGGACGUGCAGAUGAGACACAGAGUAAACUCAUUCUGUCUGUGGUGGAGAUCGCACGCCACCUCUAUGGGCCUCUCUUACGGAGUUCGUCCGCAACGCUCACAGAGCGCAACGCCCGUGCCUCGGAAGAUCUCAAAUCUGUCCUGGGGUAUAUGUCUCCAUACUUCCCAUUCACAACUGAUUCCCGGGACAUCCAAACCGAACAAACAUUCCAAGCAUUGAACCUAAUAUAUUGCGAACUCUCUUCAUUGGUGAUGUUACCAUCCACCAAUCGCCCAACGAAGAAAGCAGGCCAAUCUAAAGGGAAUCUGCGUCAACAAACGGAGCGGGUCAGCACAUAUGUGACGAGGCUACUGAAGGGAGAGAACAUGUCCCCCUCGCAAAUCGGGCGACCGCUGACUGCAGAUGCCUAUAAUCUACUUCUUCCAACAAUUUGGGCCCUGAUGAACAACCCGGACCCUCAGUCUCACGAUCUUUCCCGAGGCGUGCUCUUGGCCGUCAUCGACCAUGGGCGAAGAGUCUCCUCCAAAUCGGCUGUCAAACAGUAUACGCUUGAGUUCAUUUCUCGGGUUCUGCUGCUCGACACCGAAACUCAAUUCACCGGACACAUCGGCGCAGAGAUCAAGACUGCAGAAGAAGUAUCUGAGUGGAUAAACCAUCUGCCCAAGUGUCUCUGGGAGCUUGGGUCGUCGAACCUGGUUGCAAGCGAGGUUAUUCUCCGAUUUUUGAUCGCCGUUUCACAACGCCGAUCCCGAAUCGUUAAUAACGAGGUUGCGCGCUUGCUACGGUCGCAACUUGUUCCUUACUUCACCAUGACACAUCCCUCUCGCGGGCAGAUAUCAGGCCCGUAUUCCAAGCUGCCUACCUCAGGGCUGCUACGCCGACUUGUCCUCUCCCUGAUCGUGUUGAUCAGGAGUAAGGACGAUUCGGCGUUGUCCUCUGCAGUAGACAGUGCUGUUACAGGAUCAGAGGAGGCAUCUUACUGGAGUAGUAUAUCUAAUUAUCAACCUUGA